GCGGAGGCUGGGCCUGCUCUCCACCUCUUCAGGCGAGAGGAAGAGACGGCCGAAGUGCCGACGACAGCCGGGAAGAGGCGAGAAGGCCCUAUAGUGGCGGCGGCGGCGGCGGCAGCGUUAGUACCCUCGCUUGCUCACUUGGCCGCCCUCGCUCCCUCUUGCCCUCUUCCAACAUGGCCGCAGAGUCCUCCUCCCGCUGAGGCGAUUCCCUCACAGAUCCCUCGCAGCUUUCGUCUCCUUCUGCACGCCGCCGCCGGGCCUUUCUCUUUCUUCCCCCCUUCCUCACCGGGCCUCCCGGGGAGGAAGCGGGUCAUGGGCUGCGGCAGAGGAGGAGGAGGAGGAGCCGAAGCCGGGCAGGCCGCGCCGACCUCGCUCGCAGCAGCGCAGCCACCGAUGCCCGGGCGCCGCUAGCCUGGCCCCGGUGAGCCCAGAAGGAGGGCGAGGCGGAGACGUUGCUGUUAGGGGAGAAGAGUGUUGAGGCCUCCCUGAAGCCCACCCAGCGCCCUUUUCCGUCCAGCAGCACCAGCAGAAGGAAGAAGAAGGGAGAAAGCACCCAAGGGGGGAAGGGGGAUUGAGGCCACCAUGGCUCACUCGCCCGUAGCAGUGCAGGUGCCUGGCAUGCAGAACCACAGAGCAGACCCAGAAGAACUCUUCACAAAACUGGAGCGCAUUGGAAAAGGCUCAUUCGGAGAGGUUUUUAAAGGAAUUGAUAAUCGGACACAGCAGGUAGUUGCUAUUAAAAUCAUAGACCUUGAGGAGGCAGAAGAUGAAAUAGAAGACAUUCAGCAGGAGAUAACUGUGCUAAGCCAGUGUGAUAGCCCUUAUGUAACAAAAUACUAUGGCUCCUAUUUAAAGGGCACAAAGUUAUGGAUAAUAAUGGAGUAUUUGGGUGGGGGAUCAGCACUGGAUCUUCUACGGGCUGGCCCUUUUGACGAGUUCCAGAUCGCUACGAUGCUGAAGGAAAUCUUGAAAGGACUUGACUACUUGCAUUCAGAGAAGAAAAUCCACAGAGAUAUUAAAGCUGCCAAUGUGCUGUUGUCGGAGCAAGGGGACGUCAAGCUUGCGGAUUUUGGGGUUGCUGGGCAACUCACUGACACUCAGAUUAAGAGGAAUACCUUUGUGGGCACGCCAUUUUGGAUGGCCCCUGAAGUCAUUCAGCAGUCGGCGUACGAUUCAAAAGCUGAUAUUUGGUCUUUGGGAAUCACUGCGAUCGAACUAGCCAAAGGAGAGCCACCCAACUCAGACAUGCAUCCAAUGCGAGUUCUGUUUCUCAUUCCUAAAAACAAUCCUCCAACCCUAAUAGGAGAGUUCAGCAAACCCUUCAAAGAGUUUAUUGAUGCAUGUCUGAAUAAGGACCCAACAUUUCGUCCAACAGCAAAAGAACUCCUAAAGCACAAAUUCAUUCUGAAAAAUGCCAAGAAGACAUCUUACCUGACAGAGCUUAUUGACAGGUUCAAGAGAUGGAAAGCAGAAGGACACAGUAGUGAUGAAACAGAUUCUGAUGGCUCUGAUUCGGAGUCUAGCAACAAGGAGAAUAAUUCUCACCCAGAAUGGAGUUUUACUACAGUUCGGAAGAAACCAGAUGCCAAGAAACUGCAAAAUGGAACAGACCAAGAUCUUAUGAAAACCCUGAGCUGUUUAACAGUGAUAAUCACACCUGUAUUUGCUGAGCUUAAACAGCAAGACACCAAUAAUGCUAACAAAAAGAAAGUAAUUGAAGAACUUGAAAAAAGCAUCAAUAUGGCAGAAGCUGCAUGUCCGGGGAUCACAGAUAAGAUGGUGAAAAAACUUAUGGAGAAAUUUCAGAAGUUUUCUGUUAAUGACUCCUCCUAAGAAACUUUGUCACGGAUUGCUGUUCCACACGGAUCCAGUAUAGCCCACCAAAACCUACUAUAAGCUUGGCAAUGCUUUGCUCAUGAGCUCCUUGUGCCUUUUUGGAUCAUUGUGACAUAUUUAAUGAUCGGGGAUUUGAAAGGACUUACCUCCACUCUUUUGUGAUGGGUAUACCCGCUUUUUUUGUAUUUCCGGGACAUUCUUUUUGUAAAGAGCAACUUUUAAUAUUGUAGAUUUCACCUGUUUAAUCGGAUUUUAAAAAUGGCGAGGCGCAGUUUUUGCUUCUAGAUCUAAUCAGGGGCUACCAGUUGCCAAUCUCAAUGUGCAGAAUCUUGGGUGUGCCUGUUACUCCAGAUACUGUGGACUGCACCCCUUUACUUGAGUUCAUGGGCAGUACAUCUGCAGCAACAUUUUGUUACUCUCCAAAAGAAGGGGAUUCCCAGUCUUAAUGUUAUCAUCAUUAUUUGGUAUGGAUAAGUUAUAGCUUUUUCUGAAUCACUAAAAUUAGACUUUAAGAAGUAGCUUUUCACAGGAAUAUACGUGAGAGCACCUUAGACUGUAGGAUGUUGCUGUAGCCACCUGCUUGAAGACCAUAGUGUCUCUUUAGGCCCCUGGGAGUGUCGUAAACCUGCGACAAUAUCAACUCUUCUGAAAACUGGUACAGUAUUUUAGGCAGCUCUUUGAUCACCUACAUUUGAGAGCAAUAUGUCGAUAGCUCUGCAAGUUCACACGUAGCAGCUGGUAUAGCUUAGUCACAGUGUAUACUUUGUAUGUAGUAUCUUUUAAGGCAGGGUUUCAAGUCAUUCAUCAUGGAAGGAAAUUUUAAAGCAAUACAGUUGACGGGGGCAGGACGGCUUCUGGCAAUAAUGGACACAAAUAGAAAUAUGGUUUAUCUGAAUUAUUUCUUCCUUUUUUAGUUUUUUUUUUCCAAAAAGCAGUUCAUUUUAUGUUUGGGGUGGGGGAAUUGGGAGGAUACCAUGGCAUGUGAUAGGUACCUGAUAAGCAGGUAUAAAAUGUGUGACACUAGCGUUUGUGUGGUGGUGUUUUUCCUGUAAAAUAUUUAUAACACAUUCUUAAAGUACAUUACAUACAGCACAUCCACCAUGAUAUGUUUAAUUUCCCCAACUGUAUUUUAAAUAUGUAUUUACCAGUUAAUAUGCAAAUAAUUGAGUUAUAGAUAUUCUUUCACAAAAAGAUAGUACUGUGCAGUACAGAGUGAUUUUUUUCCCAUAGAAGGUAGAUGAAAUGAUAAACUUGCUUUCAGUUAUAUAUUUAUGGUACUGUUUAAAUGGGUAAUAUCCUUUUCUUUCUUUAUUUCCUUUCCUUUCAACCCAGUAUGUAUAUUAUGCUGAAGUUUGAAGUGGGGUUGUAUUUCAGUCCUUAUCUGUGGAACUGUUGGUGUAAAUUUAUUUUUGAUAAAAAGGCUGGAUGUGUUUAAUAUUAUGGUUUGGAUCUGCACAUUUUUGUUUUUGCACAAAAGUCAUUUUAAAGGAUUUGAAAAAUACCUGCCAAAUAUUGAAACAAAGUUAAUAGUGUGCAAGCAAAUAAUGAUUUUUUUUAGUUAAAAGUUGCCAUUGUAUCCUUAAAAAAAGAUAUAAAGACACUGGUGAGAGAUGGUGGUUAGAAAUGCCAAGGGCAAUUACUUUCAAUGGUGCCUAUACUGUAAAAAAAAUUACUUUUAACUCCUUUGUUUUAAUUUUAAAGAAAUGUUUGUUAAAAGAAAUCUUUCAUCUGCUAUAUAACUGAAACACAAUUAGAAUUUAUAUCUGAGGAAAAAAAGUCUGGACAUAGUUUUUGAAAAUGAUAAUGUUAUGGAUUAAAUAAAAAUAUUUUUAUAAAUGUAAAAGCAGUAAAAGUUGUAAAUACAGUUGAUCUGAAGCUUUACACAAUAACUGCAUCACCGAAGCAAAAUUAUAGUGCUCUUCUUUGUAGUUAUUAGUCCUGUAAAUCUGUUUAUAGAUGACGCUUCUUUCAAUGUUUUGGGGUGGGGGGGUGGGGGGGGCAGGGCAGCAGAGGUUGAAUGGUUUUUAAAAAUAAAUAUUUAAGUUCUGUAAACAUCUGCGGUCCUAAUUGUCUGAUACCAUAUGCUUUUUAAACCUCAAAUAGUGGGAAGAAGAGCAUCCUGUCUUUUGUACAUACUUCUGUAAGGGAAUGUCACAUUUUCAAAAUUCUACUCUGAUUUCAAGUUGUUUUCAGCUUCCAGUGACUUCGCACUGGAGAACCUGUUAGAAAUAAAUCAUAUCAAAUGGC